GCCUUCUCUUUUGUUUGGCGCACCCCUCCGUCGUCGUUACUUGGCCACAUCUCAGCGUCUCGCUCAACAGCACCAUGGCUCGCCGCGCUGCUUUGGGCGGCCACGCCGUCGCGCCCGGCCAAUGCGAUAACCUGACUGCACUUGCUGAUCUGAACGAGGACACCCUGCUGAAGGAGCUCGAAAUUCGAUACAACCGCGAUGUCAUCUACACUUACGUUGGUGAAAUUUUGGUGGCCGUCAACCCCUACUUUCGCAUCCCCGAGCUCUAUGACCAGAGCCAAAAGCUCAAGUACCGCGGCGGCAUCGACCGUGAAUCUCUGCCCCCGCAUAUCUUUGCCGUGGCCGAUGCUGCUGUCAGUGCCCUUCAAUCAACGGGCAAGAACCAGGUCUGCGUCAUCUCUGGUGAAUCAGGUGCUGGCAAGACCGAAUCAGCCAAGCUCUUCCUGCAGCACAUCAUCGAUCUCAGCGCCGGUUCUGAAACCGAGGGCAUUGCUGACAAGAUUAUCGCUGUCAACCCGCUGCUGGAAGCUUUUGGCAACGCCUCGACUCUGAUGAAUGACAACAGCUCGCGCUUUGGCAAAUACCUUGAUCUCCAGUUCACAGAGAACUUCACCGUCAGGGGCGCUCUGAUCACGGAAUACCUUCUGGAAAAGUCGCGUGUCACCUAUCAAGCCGAUGGCGAGCAAAACUUUCACAUCUUCUACUACAUCUUUGCUGGCCUGGACGCAUCUGCCAAGGCGCAGUACGAGCUGGGCAGCGCUGAGGAUCACGGCUAUAUCAACGGCAAUGCCGAGGCUCUGGCCUUCAUUGGUACCAAGGAAUGCCGUGAUAUGUGGCAGGAGGUGUCGGCCUGCUUCGACCUCGUCGGUUUCUCUCAGGGUGAGAAGGACAACCUCUUUGCCAUCCUCUCCGGUGUCCUCUGGCUGGGUGAUGUCCUGUUUGAUGGCGAAGAUCACGCGAGCAUCGUGUCGCCGAGCUCUAUCCUCGAGGCGGCCUGCAACCAGCUCGGUCUCGAAGUGGGCGUCAUGGAGGCGGCUUUGGUUGAGCAAAUCCUCAUCACCGGUGGCGAGGAGACCACCAAGGCUCUGCGUACGGACCAGGCCGUGGAUGUGCGCGAUGCCACCGCCAAGGCCUUGUAUGGCCGCGCCUUCACCUGGAUUAUCAAGCGCGUCAACUCUCUGACGGGACCCAAGGGCCGCGGUACCGGUCAGAUCAUUUCUUUCCUCGAUAUUUUCGGCUUUGAGCACUUUGAUGACAAUAGCCUUGAGCAGCUCUGCAUCAACCUGGCCAACGAACAGCUCCAGUCCUUUUUCAACUCGCACAUUUUCCAGAUGGAGCUUGACGAGUACAAGAAGGAGGGCAUCGACGGCUCUCAGGUUUCCUUUACCGACAACCAGGCCACCCUGGACAUGCUCCUCUCCCGCCGCCCGCCCGGCAUUCUCGCCAUCAUGGACGAACAGGCCAUCAUGCCCCGCUCCACGGACCAGACCAUGGUCGAAAAGUUUCACGAGACGUUUGGUUCCCACUCCUCGUACAUCAAGCCGCGUAGCAACGAUGCCAUUUUCACCAUUCGUCACUACGCCGGUGAUGUUUGCUACAACGCCGAUGGCUUCCUUGAGAAGAACCGUGACACCCUGGCCAUGGAUGUCCUCGGUGCUUUGCGCAUGAGUGAGAACAGCCUUGUGCGCGAGCUCUUCGAUGGUGAUGCCGACGAUGCCAAGGCUGCGAAGGGCAAGCGUGGCAAGCGUGGUGGCGGCCGUGGCCUCAGCCGCAAUAACAUGCGCAUGUCCGUCAAGAAGGCUCGCGCAGCUGAAGCCAAGAAGCAGCGCAAGUCUGUGGGUGCUACCUUCAAGGAGUCACUCGAGAAGCUCAUGACCAGUCUCAACUCCUCGGCACCUCACUUCAUCCGUUGCAUCAAGCCCAACCAGAGCAAGCAAAAGCACAUGUAUGCCGACCAGCUCGUCAAGAACCAGCUUCGUUACACGGGUAUGCUGGAGACGACACGCAUUCGCAAGGAAGGCUAUGCCGUGCGUCCUACCUUCGAGGACUUUUUGCAUCGCUACAUGCCUUUGACAUUUGCGUGGGGUAUUGGUCAGUCGGCCAAUGCGGGUGCCUGCCGUAUGCUCUUGGAGAAGGCCAAGCUCAAGGAUUGGCAGAUUGGUAAAACCAAGGUGUUCCUACGCUACUACCACCCAGAUGAGCUGAAUGACCUGGUGAAGCCCAUUGCUGGCGCUGCAGCAGUGCUGCAAAAGGUUACUCGCGGCUUUUUGGGUCGGCGUGAGGUUCAGAAACUGAUGGCUGAGAAGCAGCGC